AAUCCCCCUAAUCCGGUCAGGGCAGCGGGGGCCGAGCUGAGCUGAGCCGGGCCAUGGCGGGCACACGGACACAGGGCCGCCUCCUGCACUCGCUGCUCUGCCAGUUGUGCUGCUGCUGUGGCUGCAGAUCCUGCCGCGGGCUCCGCCUGUCCACGGGCACCCGCAUCCUCUACACUCUCCUGCACGUCCUGGCCUCUGCCGUGUGCUGCCUCAUGCUGUCCCGCACUGUGGCCCAGGCCAUCAAGGAGAAGCUGCCCUUCUGGGUGGUGCUGUGCAACCACCUGCCCGGGGGCACAGACUGCGAGCAACUGGUGGGCUCCUCGGCUGUGUACCGGGUCUGCUUCGGCACCGCCUGCUUCCACCUGGCACAGGCUGCCCUGCUCCUCAACGUGCGCUCCAGCACCGACUGCCGCGCUCAGCUCCACAACGGGUUCUGGUUCCUGAAGCUGCUGGUGCUGGUGGGGCUCUGGGUUGCCAGCUUCUUCAUCCCCGAGGAUGGCUUCAUUCAAGCCUGGCACUACACGGGCGUCUGCGGGGGCUUUGCCUUCAUCCUCAUACAGCUGGUGCUGAUCACGGCUUUCGCACACACCUGGAACAAGAACUGGCUGACGGGUGCUGCGCAGGACAAACGCUGGUACCUGGCCGUGCUGCUGGCCACGGCCACCUUCUACACCCUUGCCUCCGCCGCUUUCUCCUUCCUCUACAAGUACUACACCCACCCAUCCGCCUGCCUCCUCAACAAGGUGCUGCUCACCAUUAACGGCAGCCUCUGCGGCAUCAUGUCCUUCGUCUCCAUUACGCCCUGUGUGCGGCUCAAGCAGCCACGGUCAGGGCUGCUGCAGUCCUCAAUCAUCAGUUGCUAUGUGAUGUACCUCACCUUCUCUGCGCUGUCCAGCCGUCCCCCCGAAAGAGUGCUCUUCAAGGGGCAGAACAUCACCAUCUGCUUCCCCAGCAUGCGGCAGGACGAGCUGCAGACGGAGGACACCACUGUUGCUGUCCUGGGGGCCACCAUCAUGUACACCUGCGUGCUCUUCGCAUGUAAUGAAGCUUCCUACCUUGCCGAGGUCUUUGGGCCCCUAUGGAUGGUCAAAGUCUACAGCUUCGAGUUUAAAAAACCCUCCUGUUGCUUCUGCUGCCCCGACAAGAUGGAGGAGGAGUUGAGAGGUGGCGAGCUGACGUGUGAGCAAGUGGAGGAGACUGCAGGGGGACAGUGCAUCAUCCAGGAUGAGCGAGACCGAGUGGUCUACAGCUACUCAGCCUUCCACUUUGUAUUCUUCCUCGCCUCGCUCUACGUCAUGAUGACCCUCACCAACUGGUUCAGCUACGAGAAUGCGGUGCUGGAGACCACCUUCACGCAUGGCAGCUGGGCAACCUUCUGGGUGAAGGUGUCCUCGUGCUGGGCCUGCGUCCUGCUCUACCUGUGGAUGCUGCUGAGCCCCCUCUGCCUCCGCAGCUCCCCCCCGCACCGGCGCAGCAGCCCUGUCCCACGCGUCCUGCGCCGGCGACGCACCCCGCAGCGCAUCAGCGUCUCCACAUAGUCCCUGACAAGACAGACUGUGCCCGGCCCUGCACACCGCAGCAGCCGGGGCUGGUACCAGCCAUGCCUGGUGCCUGUGCCCUGGCCCCACUGGGUCCCACUGGCCUCCCCUGACACCCUGUCCUAGGAGAUGGCGGCAUCCUGGAGGGCCCAAGGGGGACCCGGGAGGUGGGUGCUCCCAGGGACACGGAUCUUGUGCUGAGCUGGGGCCACCCGAGGGGCUGGCCAGAUCGAGCCGGGGUGGGGGGUGCUCGGCCCUGCCUGCUCCCGAGCAGGGAGGCAGCUCCCGCUGCGUGCCGGCUGCCAGCCUGGCAGCAGGGCUCUGUCCUGGCUGCCUCCGUGUCUCUGCUCACUCGCCGACGGUGUGCUCACUGUAAAUAGCUCCUUAAAUACAUUUUUAUAUAAA